CUCCUCCCCACCGCGCCGAGUCAAACAAACCUCCCCAAUUCCAUCCCCAUUCCCCAAAAUUUUCCCCACCGGCGACGACGCCCUCCCCAAAUCCGAUCCGCCGCCGCCGUUGACGCCAGCCAUGGCCGCCGCCCGCCGCGCCCUGCUGCUCCUCCUCGCCGCCGCCGCGGUGGCCCUCCUCGCGGCGCCCCCGGCGGCCGCCGCCCGCCCCUGCGGCCGCGCGCAGACGCUGCUCAUCUCCUUCUCCUCCUUCUCCCGCCCCAACCCGGACCCGGCCGACCCCUCGCCGCUCACCACCACCGUCGUCACCGUCCUCCGCGUCCGCCGCCUCGGCCCGCACCGCUUCCACGCCCACGACCAGAACCACCUCCAGAUCCGCCGCCCCGCCGAGUCCCUCCCCGCCGUCGGCACCCCCGAGACCGACGCCGACGCCGCCUCCUCCUUCCAGGAGCGCGCCAAGGACAUCCUCGUCGUCGUCUCGGGCCUGCUCUUCGGCUUCGGCUGCGGCGCCCUCACCGCCGCCUCCAUGUACCUCGUCUGGUCCCUCGUCGCCUCCACCGGCGCCGCCAGCCCCUACGAGGAGCUCUACAGCGACGACGAGGACGACGACGGCGCCGAGAGCCCCAAGAAGGCCGGCUACGUCAUCAUCCACGGCGCCGAGGACGUCGUCGCCGGUAAGAACUAACUAGGAUCGGGCUUUGCAAUCGUCGUCGGCAGGCAGAGGAUUCGGGUUGCAUAAUUAUAUGGAAUUGUGGAGUACUCUUAUACUAUAUUCGCACCUAUGAUACGUGUUGCGCCUGUUUACCGUUCUCUAUGUGUGUGUGUGUGUGGUUGGGGAGGACAAAUUGUGAAGAAUGUGAUUCCUAUCUGUUCUUACAUAUAUAUGGUCAAUUUCAUGCCCAAACAUGAUUAUGUAUCCAUCCUUAAGCAUGAAACUUGAUGGUUUCUGCUGCCUAGUAAAAUUGCAACAUGUAAACAA